ACAAAAUGCCACCAGGAUGGCUGAGUUUGCCUCUUUAGUUUUUACAAUACAAAAUUAGAAAAACUCUCUCUCUACUCUGCAAAUCAGUUUGCCUUUGGCGGCAACCGGGAGAAGGGUUUUUCAAAUCACCGUACAAUUCCAUCAUCAUCAUCUUCUUCUUCUUCUUCUUCUUCUUCUCCGGACUAUGUCUUUCGGACGCCUUCUUGGAAACUCCGUUCCUUUCUCCGGCUUAUUCAGGCAGAUGGAGCAAGAGAUGGAGACUGUAGUUAAGGUACUACAGCCAGGGCCUUUGGGCAUUGUGGAGCACAAGUUUUCAGCUGAAGAGAUAAACAAGGCAAAGGCCAUAGUUGAAAAAGCAGUCAAGAAUUGGAGGAGGAAUGCGAUUAUGGAGAAGAGAGCUCAUAUCUUGGACGAUUACAUUCGCAUAUGAUAGGUUAAUUGUGAUUUUUCUUUAAUUCAAUAUUGGACUAGAAUGAUUGCUCCUGUACAUUACAUAACUGUUAUUUAUGUUCAACCUGAAAUAAAAAAAUUUUUUUUUGCACCAUUUCUAGUAAAUGUUUAUCUGAAAGUACAAUAGAUUUCAUUGGAAGUUUACAUGAGUUUUUUUUUUUAGUUCUGUAUUUGUUAUGUUUUAUGACGCUGAGAAAUUGUAUUUUCUUUUUCUGAUAAAUGAGUUUCGUAUUUUUCCUGUUC